UGGUGUUGCACUCUUUAGUCAAAUCCCUACGUUUUAUGAAUACCAAUUUAGUGAACAACAUAACUCAUUCCUACUUAUAAUAGUAAGCCUGUUUUUGUCCUCUCUUAUUGUCAACUAUGUCCAAAGCAAAUAAUGUGAAUGGAAAUCUAAUGGAGAAGAGCAAUAAUAGUAGUAACAAAGAGUCACAGAAAUCAUUGUUGAACCACCAAAGAUUUUUCCCCAAACACCACAACAAAGUGCACCCAAUUAAGCUUCAGAGAAGCUCUUCUCCAUCUCCAUCGUUGUUGUCAUCACAAAACUCAGAUGAUUCUUUGUCCCUACUUGAUGAGAAUAUUUCAUUGACUCUGCAUUUGGCUUCUCCAUACCAAAGAAUGGUAAUUAAUGAACAUGAAGUUCAGCUAAGUCCACCACAACAGAUCAAUAAGAAUGAAUCUGGUGAAUUGAAAAGGUGCAACUGGAUCACAAACAACUGUGGUAUGAUAGAUCAAUUUCAUUCUUUAGCUUAUUUGCUACAACUCACCGGACUUCUAAAACAACUCACACAUGGUUCUUCAUACAAAAUUCUUAAUUUCUUGAAUCAUGGACACAGCAAAUUGUUCGAGCUGCUUGUAUUGUCAGGGUUGCUUAUGGAUUACAAUUGGACAGAAAUUCUGAAAAGAAGGGAAAUUCUUAGAGCAGUUUUUGGUGGAUUUGAUCCUAAUAUUGUUGCCAAGAUGGAGGAGACCGAAAUCAGGGAGAUAGCUUCAAACAAAGCAACUUUCUCAGCGGAAUGCAGAGUUAGGUGCAUUGUAGACAAUGCCAAAUGCAUCAUCAAGAUUGUGAAGGAACGUGGAUCAUUCAGUAGUUACAUAUGGGGUCAUGUAAAUCACAAGCCAUUAAACAACAAAUACAAAUUGCCAAGAGAUGUUCCACCAAGGACUCCCAAAGCAGAUACGAUAAGCAAGGAUCUCAUAAAGCGUGGAUUCAGAUUCUUGAGUCCAGUCAUAGUCUACUCUUUCAUGCAGGCUGCAGGGUUAACCAACGAUCAUCUUUUGGAUUGUUAUAGACACAAUCAAUGUGUAAGGCUAGCAGAAAGAUCUUGGAGACAUAUUUAAAUUAACUUGGAACUUUUACUUUAUUGUUUAAUUAUUUUGAAUUUUAUUACAAGGUAUAUAUAUUAAUAAGUUUUCCAAACAUGUGUAGCAUGAAAGAUACAUUGUUUUGUUUGCUGCAUUUUAUUGGGCUUCAUAUAUAGGGUCAAUUUUCUUCUUCUCUUAUUAUUAUAUGGCUCCAUUAUGUAUGGUGCAGGGCUUUCUUUCAUGAGACUCCCUCCAGAAAUUAUAUUUCUAGCUUCGCUU